UUCUAUCUAGGUUUGUGGGUGCGUCGUUGACCCUGACCGGUACACUAAGUUGGAAUAUUAUUUUAAUUUAAAUGAUGAUGAAUUUCGUUAGAAAUCGAUUGAAGACUAUUGCUUCUUUAUAGUUGUGGGAAAUGUCUGAAGAGGAGUCCUUUAAUGAGUCCUUCAGUCCGACUGAGAAUCAAAAUGAGUAUUCAAAUUUGCUUUCCCGGAAACAUUCCCAUACGUUUUUAGAUACCCCAAUUGGUUCAUUUAGAGGAGUUAAUUCAUUGCAUAAUUUUGCCAGCUCCUUUACUAGAGCCCAAUCGUUUGCUGCUUCGAAAUUGGAUAAUGAGAUCCAUAAGAAAAGGUCCUUCUUUGAAAGUCCAAGCAAUGAUGAUGAAGUUGAAGAUGAAAUUUUUGACCCGGAACUUAUGAUGCCUUCUUCGAGGGGUGAACGAUUAAGUACAGUUAUUCACGACGCUUCCAAUAGAAAUCGGUAUUUUGCAAACUCUGAAGCUUCUUAUAACAAUGAUGUUUUCUAUCAAGAUGAUAUUAUUGGUAUUAUGAAUAACCGUUCAAGACAAAAUUCUCAGUAUGAAAAUAACCGAUCUGGGAUUCCAAUAACUAAAAAAAUCAACCCAUCUCCUUCUAUUUCAAGUUUCCGUACUUCUAUUUCUUUAGCCACUACUGCUUCUCAUUUUAAUUUGAAAAAAAUUGAAGACAAAGAUGGUAAUGUCAUUACCGUAUUGGAAGGUCAAUCAACAGCUCCUCAAACCAUCUUUAAUUCAAUUAAUAUCAUGAUUGGGGUUGGAUUAUUAGCAUUGCCCGUUGGUUUAUUGAAAGCCGGCUGGCUCUUGGGUCUUCCUCUCUUAAUUGGUUGUGGGUUGACUUCUUUUUGGACUGCUACUUUAAUCUCAAGAAUCAUGGAUACCGAUAAAACUUUAAUGACUUAUGCUGAUUUGGGUUACGCUGCUUAUGGUUCUAUUGCUAAACUAAUCAUCUCCUUGAUUUUCACUGUCGAUUUAUUAGGAGCCGGUGUUUCACUCAUUAUUUUAUUCAGUGAUUCUCUUUUUGCAUUAUUAGCUUCAGAAAACUCUCCAAGUUAUUUAACUGGUACUAAUUUGAAGAUUUUAAGUUUUUUCGUUCUUACUCCAUUUACUUUCUUACCUUUACCUAUCCUUUCAAUUUUCUCAUUAUUUGGUAUUAUGUCAACUAUUUCAAUCAUUAUCCUAGUCUUAAUCUGUGGGUUUUUGAAAACUUCUUCCCCUGGUUCUUUGCUUCAAGUAAUGCCAACUAAUUUAUACCCAAACUCUAUCUUAGAUCUUUUAAAAGGUUUAUCCAUCAUCGCAGCUCCUUUUGGUGGUCAUGCUAUUUACCCUAAUUUAAAAAUGGAUAUGCGUCAUCCACAUAAAUUCACUAGAACCUUGAUUCCAACUUAUUUCAUUACUUUGCUUGCUGAUUGUUCAAUGGCAAUUAUAGGCUUUUUCAUGUUCGGCCACCUUUGCAGUAACGAAGUCACUAACACUCUUUUAACUACUGCUGGUUAUCCUACUUGGUGCUAUCCUUUAAUCAGUAUGUUGAUUUGCGUUGUUCCUUUAGCUAAAACUCCUUUAAAUGCUAAACCAAUAAUUUCAAGCUUAGACUCAUUAUUUGGAGUCGAUAAAGAGGUAUCAACUCCAGGUAAAAUUACAAAAUUCUUCAACAGAGUUGCCGUUAAUGCAUUAUUCGUUUUAUUAGCAAUUCUUUUCCCAGAAUUUGAAAAAAUUAUUGGUAUAUUAGGUGCUUCUAUUUGCUUUUUAAUUUGUGUCAUCUUACCUUGCUCUUUUUACAUUAAAAUCUGUUCGGCCCAAAUAAAAUCAUUUGAACGUUUCAAGGUCAUUUCCAUUAUAUACAUUGCCAUCUUCUUAUCGAUUGCUUCUACUUGGGCUACUCUUUCAUAA